CAAAUUUGUGAUUUUGCGCUAAAGAAUUAAUCAACGCCGCGUACUUCAUGCAGUGCACAAAAAAGUUACAUAAAAGUUGCUGUGCCGCGCCAAAUUCGCUGCACUCAACUUUUCACUAAAUUUUCUGCCCGACAAUCAGUGGUGCGCUCAAUUUUCCACAAUUUUAUGCGGGACGCUUGUUUGAGUGCUUUUCCCAGAGCCGAGUUUUUUUAUAUAUCUCGAGCGCUGUUGUUGAGUGGUUGGCAAAGUUGUUUUGAGUGCGCUUGAAAGCAACAAAUAUUAAAUUUGAGAAAACGCAAGAGCAGUUGUUUAACUUAAAUAAAAGCAUACAAGACUAGUCACAGGGACGGGCAGCAAAAGAAAAAGGAUCCGAACUUGUCGAACAAUGUCCGGUGCCGGGGACGGAGGCGCCGGCGGAGCUGCCGCUGGCGUCGUUCAAACAACUGUGGGCAAUGACGGCACAGCGGUGGUCGUGGGAGCUGCCGGCAGCUCUACCGGCAGUGGGGCGGGGAAAGCCCAGCUGCCGCUAACGCCGCGCUUUACCGCCGAGGAGAAGGAAGUGCUCUACGCACUCUUUCAUCUGCACGAGGAAGUCAUCGACAUAAAGCACCGUAAGAAGCAGCGCAACAAGUACUCCGUACGCGAGACGUGGGACAAAAUCGUGCGUGACUUCAAUUCGCAUCCGCACGUCAGUGCCUUGCGCAAUAUCAAGCAGAUCCAAAAGUUCUGGCUUAACUCGCGGCUACGUAAGCAAUACCCCUAUCGUGAUGGAAGCGGUGGCACAACGGCCAGCGCUGGUAUCAGCAAAGGAGGGAACACUUCCGGCGGAGGCGCCAGCCAUGGCCAUCAGCAGCAGCAACAUCAGCAUCAGCACCAUGACAGUGUAAAGGUCGAGCCCGAAUACGAAAUCAGCCCUGACGCCUCGGAGCAUAAUGCACAAGGGGACACGUUCGAUGAUAUCGAGAUGGAUGGCAACGAUGUCAGCGAAAUAGAUGAUGAUCCGCUCGAGACACAUCAGCAUCAGGAGCAGCAGCAGCAGCAAACGGUAGCCGCCCAGCAACAGCAGCAGCAACAACAGCAGCAGCAGCAGCAACAACAACAACAGCAACAACAACAGCAGCAACACGAGCUGCAGAAACUGCAGGUGUCGGCAGCAGCUGCCGUCGCAGCCGCCAACGCUGCCGCCAAUGCUGCCGUGCUCAACACGCACCAAAUCAAUGUGGAUCAGAUUAGUGCCGAGAAGUUGACGCUGAACGACCUAUUGCACUUUAAAACAGCGCGACCGCGUGAGGAGAUCAUACUGCAGAUCAAGCAUCCGGCCGAGGCCACAGCCACGCAAAUCCACACGAUACCCUCGCAGCCGCAACAGCAUACCAUGGCGACAAUCACUGCAGGCGGCUACAACCAGCAGAUCAUUAGCGAAAUAAAGCCCCAGCAGAUCACGCUGGCCCAGUAUCAGGCGCAGCAGCAACAGCAAGCGCAGGCGCAUCUGGCGGCGCAGCAACAGCAGCAAUUGGCUGCCCAACAGCAACAAUUAGCCGUGGCAGCGGUAGCCCACCACCAGCAACAGCAGCAGGCUCAAGCGCAGGCCCAGGCCGCAGCUGCCGUUGUCGUUCAGCAACAGCAGCAACAGCAGCAGCAGCAAGUGAAGAUGCAGCUGGGCACGCCCACGUUUACAUUCAGCGCGCUGCCUACAGUGACUGCAGCGGCGCCAGCACCGACAGCAGCGACCACAGCAACCGCUUUGGGUGCGGCGAAUGUAAGUGGAAGUAGCGGGACUCUGAACUCAAGUUCCGGAGGUGUCGGGCCAGCAGCCGAUAGCUUUGAGGAGCGUGUAAACUACUUUAAGGUGAAGGAGGCCGAGCUUCGGUGGAAGGAGCAGCAACUGGCCACCGAAACCAAGAAGAUCGAGCUGAAUAAGGCACAGGACGAGCUGAAGUAUAUGCGGGAGGUUCACAGACUGCGUGUGGAAGAGCUCAAAAUGAAGAUUCGUAUUCUGCAGAAGGAGGAGGAGCGGCUGCGCCAGUCUGGCAGCACAUGAGACGUGGAGGAUAUCAGCGACGCUGAUGAAGACGAGUACAGCGAUCACAUCGACCACCUAGACGGGCUGGAGGACGACGGUGACGCCGACUGGGCCAGCGAGUUGUGUAGUUGUUAGUAGGGGGUGAAUAUGAUUUUUGUUUUUAGACUUUGUGGGUGGGCGGCCCGAUCCCUGCGGGCCGGUUCUAAUUUUAAGUGGACUUCUAUUUAUUGCGUGUUUUUUUUGAAACGCCAU